AUGUCGAGCACCGAGCAGCAUAGACGGGCCCAAAGCAUUCAGAUCUCGAAAUCGGGCGCACUGUCCCAAGAUACACCAAAAGCCGGCGGAAGGUCCACAGAUGUCCACGUCUCUAAGGCCGUCGCAGGGUCUCUGUUUGACUUCGCUCUCAUUUUGAGCUUAGUCCUCGGUGGAUGCUGCUCCAACGUGUGGUCUUAUGAACACCUUCUCAAAUUGGAUUCGCAUCUAGGAACGACACUUACCUUCUCGCAAAUGUGUUUCAUCACUCUGCAUUCCUUGCCGUCAUUCCUUCGCUGGGAUCAGCAAACAUACACACCACGAUUACAACGGAGACACAUUCCGCUACGUCAGUGGAUUGCCCAGGUCCUUGUCCUCACCUCCAGUUCUUUGCUGAACAAUUGGGCAUAUGCUUACCAAGUCCCUCUUACGGUGCAAAUUGUAUUUCGAUCCGCAGGUCUGGCUGUAUCAAUGCUGUUCGGAUAUCUCUUUUGGAAACGACGAUAUACUCUACCCCAAAUUACUGCUGUCGUCUUCGUGUCUGCCGGGGUGGUCCUCGCAACGCUAUCGCGUCCUUCAUCCCCGAGUCCCGGAUCCUCCGAUAGUCCGCCGGACUUUAGCAAGUACACGCUGGGUAUCGUAAUGAUGACUGUCUCUCUGUUUCUUACGGGCAUCCUCGGCAUGCUUCAGGAGCGUACAUACAGCACAUAUGGUCCCUACUGGAAAGAGGGUGUGUUCUACACUCACCUUCUCUCACUCCCCAUCUUCGUGUUCCUGAUACCCGACAUCAGGCACGGCUUUCAGAGCCUAUCGUCCCAUACUGCGCCUGUCGUGCCAACUCCGAUCUCCGUUACCUCCCUCCUCACAACAUAUGCCCCGUAUUUCGUGCUGGCGGCUAAUCUUAUCACGCAACUGAUGUGUGUCUCUGCCGUGAACCAAUUAACUUCUCGCGUCUCAUCCGUCUCCACGAACCUCGUGCUGACUACGCGCAAAGCAAUAAGCCUUUGCUUCAGCGUCUGGUGGUUUGGUAACGGCUGGAACGCCCAGCUCGGCUUAGGUGCAGGGAUGGUGUUUGCGGGUUCCCUUUUGUACACGUUGGUCAACUCAGGCUCCAAAUCUCACUCCAGCACUGAGUCACCAUCAGGUGGUAUACCUCAGAAGACAAGAAAGAAGAUCGAAUAG